AUGGGUGGGUGUUUUAGCAAGAACAAAUACUCAAGCCCAGAUGUCAAUGGCUAUAGAUCAGGAACAGCAGGAACAGGGUAUCAGCAAAGUCACCAAGAUUAUCAGAAACCAUCAACUCAGUAUACCCCCCAACCUCAGGCAGAGCCCGAGAGGCACCACCAACCGCCGCCGCCUCGUCAGCCACAAAAUCCAGCUCCGCUCAGACCUGCUCCACAACCGCAGAACACUGUUCAAAAGUUGGAGCACAAUAACAUUUUAGGAAAGCCCUUUGAGGAUGUGAAGUCAAAGUACACAAUUAGUAAAGAGUUGGGAAGGGGGCAGUUUGGGGUAACUUAUUUGUGUACUGAUGUUGCAACUGGGAACCAAUACGCCUGCAAGUCAAUAUUGAAGAGGAAACUUGUAAGCAAGAAUGAUAAGGAGGAUAUGAAAAGGGAGGUUCAUAUUAUGCAGCACUUAAGUGGGCAGCCAAACAUAGUGGAAUUCAAGGGUACUUACGAGGACAGGCAAUCUGUGCAUCUAAUAAUGGAGCUUUGUCGUGGUGGAGAGCUAUUUGAUAGUAUUAUUGCGCAGGGUCAAUAUUCUGAGAGAGCUGCUGCUGACCUUUGUAGGCAGAUUGUGAAUGUUGUUCACCAUUGCCAUUUUAUGGGGGUGAUGCAUAGGGAUCUGAAGCCUGAGAAUUUCUUGCUUUCGAGUAAGGACGAGAAGGCAAUGCUGAAAGCAACUGAUUUUGGACUCUCUGUCUUCAUUGAAGAAGGUAAGGUAUAUCGUGAUAUAGUUGGUAGUGCAUACUAUGUUGCUCCUGAAGUAUUGCAGCGAAAUUAUGGGAAGGAAAUAGAUGUAUGGAGUGCUGGUGUUAUUUUGUACAUCCUCCUCAGUGGCGUGCCUCCAUUUUGGGCUGAAAACGAAAAAGGCAUAUUUGAUGCUAUACUGAAAGAAGAAGUUGAUUUUGAUAGCCAGCCAUGGCCUUCCAUAUCACACAGUGCCAAAGAUCUUGUUCGGAAAAUGCUGACUAAGGACCCAAAAAAGAGAAUAACUUCUACCCAAGUACUUGAGCAUCCUUGGAUUAAGGGACAAGCAUCUGACAAGCCGAUAGAUAGUGCUGUUCUCUCUAGAAUGAAACAGUUCAGGGCAAUGAAUAAGCUGAAGAAACUUGCACUGAAGGUCAUUGCACAAAGUUUAUCAGAAGAAGAAAUUAAAGGUCUUAAAGCUAUGUUUGCAAAUAUGGACACUGAUAAAAGUGGCACAAUCACCUAUGAAGAACUGAAAUCUGGUUUGGCUCGGCUUGGGUCAAAAUUGUCGGAAGCUGAAGUAAAACAACUCAUGGAAGCCGCUGAUGUGGAUGGUAAUGGGACAAUCGACUACAUUGAAUUUAUCACUGCUACAAUGCACAGACAUAAGCUUGAAAGAGAUGAGCAUCUGUAUAGCGCAUUUCAGUAUUUUGACAAGGAUAGCAGUGGCUACAUCACAAGAGAUGAACUGGAAACUGCUAUGAAGGAGUACGGUAUGGGGGACGAGGCCACCAUCAAGGAAAUAAUUUCGGAGGUGGAUACUGAUAAUGAUGGAAGAAUCAACUACGAUGAAUUCUGUGCAAUGAUGAGAAGUGGAACACAACAACCAGUGAAGCUCUUCUAG